AUGAGAGAGGAUGGCCGUGAAGCUGAACAAGACGAAGAAGACGACCCGUUGUGCCCGCCGAUUCCAUUCUCCACAGUGGAAGAGCGACAAUACUGUCGCCCGUGGAGAUCAGCUCUUGUAGUUAAGGUACUGGGACGGUCAACGUCGUAUACCGCCAUCUCCAAACGUUUGAACUCGAUCUGGGCUAAGGCUGGUGGUAUUCAGGUGACGUCAGCAAAGAAGGGCUACUUUCUAGUACGGUUCACAAGUGGUAUCGACUACGAACGUGCACUAACACGGGGUACUUGGAUGAUGGGAGAGAAUUACUUGACGAUGCAUAUAUGGGAUAGACACUUCAACCCAUAUGAACACGAAAUCUCAUCGACUCUAGUUUGGGCACGCCUUCUAGAGAUUCCGAUACACUUUUUUCAUCCUGAGGGUGUUAUGAAAAUUGGACGUCGAAUCGGGAAGCCGAUCAGGGUUGACCAGGCAACCCCUGCAGGUGCUCGAAGUGAUUAUGCUAGGGUGUGUGUUCAGGUAGACCUCACCAAGCCGCUCAUGUCGCAAUUUCGGAUUCACGGGAAAAAGUAUUUCAUACAAUAUUAG